ACUAGUGCGGACACCGGUGCCUCUCGCGGGUGGGGGAUCGCUCGAUUCUCUGCCGAGGCAGAUCGCAAUCGAGCCCUUGUCGAGAUGCAGGGCAUUAUCCUGACGCCAUCUAAUGGUACAUCCCCAGGCAGACCACUGCGGGUCAGCGUGAUGGACGCCAAGACAGCGAGCCCAAUCUUGGCAACGCUCCCGUCACCAUCGUCCGCUUUGGACCCCAAUAACACCACCGUCUUCGUUGGAGGACUCAGCUCCCUCAUUUCUGAAGAGACUCUGAAGACGUUCUUCUCACCCUUUGGUGCCAUUGCAUACGUCAAGAUACCCCCCGGCAAAGGCUGUGGCUUCGUUUCAUUCCUCAGAAAGGUCGACGCUGAGCGAGCCAUCGAGAGAAUGCAAGGAUUCCCGAUCGGCGGCAGCCGCAUCAGACUGAGCUGGGGGCGAAGUCAAGGCGAGAAAAAUCAGCAGUUGGCUCAGAUGCAGAUCAGUCAAUUGGCAAAU